AUGACGUCGUGUGCCCGUCAAUUCCUCCGUACUUCCAGACCUCGCCCUGCAGAUCCAAGCGAACACGCACUGCACAAAAGCCAAACCCUCCAUCCUUCGGUAAACAGCCUUGGAGCCCGUAGACUACGCAAAGCAGCAUCCAACUCCGCUCUAAAAACAGUAUCACUACCAAGACGUCACAAAGCAGCUGCAGAAUCAACAUCACCACCACUACGACCCACAACAGCCACUCAGACCAGGCAUUUAACUAGUAGACGCUUCUCUACAACAACUGUUGCCAUGUCUUGGAUGGACUCUUGGUCGCGUCCAUCGAAAUCUCAGGCUACGCCCCCACCGCUCUACCUCACCAUCGGCGACAGCGUGCCCUACUGUCAUACCUGCGGUCGCGUGAUUGGCGACCGGAAGAAGACCUCUGGGGCGACUGAAGUCAAGUACUGUUCUCAGCGCUGCAGACAUCAGAAACCGGGGCCAAUAGAUCGAAAGAUAGAAGCCACGUUCGCAAAACUGUUGGAGGGAGUGACGCCUGAAUCGAUCAAGGAAGAGCUGGAAAGGGGCAAGGAUGACAAGCCCAAAGAUGCUGCUCAGCCAACAGAAAAAGGCGACACAGCAGACGAAGACGAGGGUAACAAGUUCGGCAAGAAGAACAACAAGUCCCACAAGAAGAAGGGCUCCAAGACCAAGAACACGCCCAAAGGCGACCACCGAAUCAUAAUCGAUUGCACAGCCGUCGAAGAGCUAGUUUUCAACCGCGAAAAAGACCCCGAGAAAGUGUACGGCCGGCGCAAGAACAGGCGCGCCAGAUUCGUGGUCGAGAAGCCAGAGGACUGGAAGAGCGUCGACAUGGUCGACAAACCGGACCCCGCGACACCAGCCGCGGGCCAGGACACAGCGUCGUCCGCCGAAGACACGUACAGCGACUCCGAGCCCGAGGAGCAGGGCGGCAUCGUCCUCGAAAACGGCACAGCGCCGUCCGACUCCAAGACGCUGGGCGAUGCCGUCGAGUACGGCUACGGCGGCGGCAAAGUCCGGCCUCCACAGGACCAAUCCGACAUCAACGGCAGCAUUGGCGGCGAGAAGGGGUGGGCUGAGCGCCAGCACGAGACGGAGGAGGCGAAGCAGCGACGCCUGGAAGGCCAGCGGCGCGCCGAUCAGCGGGAGAUGGUGCGGAAAGCGGCGAGACGCGGGUGUGCGUUUGGGUUCCUGAUCGAGGGCGAUGAGGGCGUCAGGGGUGGAGAGAAGGGGGAGCGGAGGAAGUGCGAGGCGGUCAUGAAGGGCGUGGUAGUCGAGGCGAGCUUUGCAAAAGGGGAGUGGGGGGUCAGGUGGAGGGAGAAGGUCUGA